CCCUAUUACUAUUCAAUAUUGUUUGGAUGGAUGCCUAUCCGUAUACCAAAUAACGACAGUAAAAUGAUUCACAAAAAUGUGUGGAAUAUACCUGGCUUAUUUUUGUCGUUGAGUUAUAUUAUACUACUUAUAGUUUCUGGAAGUACUACACGGGAAUUAAGUAACGCAAUUAAGUACCAAGGAAACAGAACUUUGAGCAAUCUAACGAUUCAUGAUCGUAUACAAAUAGUAGUCGGACCGAUGUUCAUAAUAUCACUGUGGUUGAAUCAAACGAUUAUUAUAAUCAUAUACAUAUUGAUGCCAUUCCAUUUAAAAGGUCUAAGAAAAAUUUUCGAGUUUUUCAACGAAUUUUUCAAAUGUCAUGGCUCGAUUAUAGGAGACAAAAACACUAUUAACACGAUUGCUCGCAACACCAACUUUGAAUCCAUCAUGAUGAUCAUAAUGAACACAGUCCUGUCGAUCGUAUCGGUUACAACAAGUUUCAGUAGGAUAAGACUAUCGUUUGCUUGGAAACUGUUCAUCAUGAUCGACAACGUUAUUCACAAACUUGAAGCACUUUCACUAUGUAUCCAAUUUUGGUGUAUGUGUUCAGUGUUAUCAAAAUGUUUUAAGUGUCUUAAUGUUUCCUUAGACAGGCUUCGAGUCCGAAAAAAUCAGGUGACAAUACGCCCACCGGGCUUAUUUACAAUGUCAGACCAGUUGACGUUGCCGACCAACAUGGUAAUGCACCUCCGGAAGUUGAACCGAGCGCACACUGACCUCUGUUUCAUUCUCGAUCGCAUAAACGACGUUUAUCAGGUAUCGACAUAAUAAUAAUAAUAUUGUUAUUAUAUAAUAUUAUUCAAUAUAAUACAAAUUGCUGUGUAUUAUAUAAUAUUUCGUUUUUAUAUGCGUAUGUACAUGCACAAGGUGCUGAUCCUUUUGAGCAUCAUCACUUGUAUACUGAACAUGCUGCCCCAUUUAUUUGUUUUGGGUAUCAUCAUGGCAUAUUCAAAUUUUAGAAUUACACCACAAUUAUCCAUGGUUAUAUGGCCGCUACACUACAUGAUAAGAGUAUAUAUUGUAUGUAAAGCCGCUUCACUUGCGUCCAACGAAGCCAGACGGACGAAAACUAUUCUCAACGCUGCAUUUGAUAAACGUUUGACCGACGAUGAAAAAAACGGAAUAAAACGUUUCUUAGAAAGAAUCGAUAAUAAGAAAAUAAGAUUUUCUUUAUAUGGCCUGAGUUACUUGGACGACGAAUAUUUUUUAUCAAGUGUAAUGGCAGUGGGAGGAUAUCUAGUGAUCAUAAUUCAAUCGUACAUGACGGUUAUCGAAGAACAAUAUCCAAUUUAUGACCGUCCGACUGCAGACAAAUUUGAUGAAUGA